UGCAAAGUGUAUCAAGAUUGUUUGACAAGCCCGGUUACCAAACGGGCUGUAUCAAGAUUGUUUCCCAUAUUUUUCCAUUAUAAGUUUUACUGUACAUAGGUAGGGUCUCUCCGACAUCAUCAAUCCGAAGAUUUGAGGCAAAGGGUAGAGAAAAAGGCGAUCACUGCAUGGAUUUGCAUAGAAGCAAGAGCCUGAAUUCUCUUGCAUUUUCCUUGGAAGUUGAAAAGGUCUCUUUCCCGAACAGUGAAACUGAGAGAGCGGGAGAGAAGAGAGCGAGAGAUAAUCUUCAGAAUGAUUACACUGGCGGCAGUCAGAUGUUGUUUCUUCCACAACGGGGCAAGACUGUGUACAUCCGAUCCUCCUUACCUCACCGUAGGCGGGAGCCUUUGCGGCACUGGGAUAUAUGGUCUGUGACGGUGGAGCCAAACAUGGUGGUGAUGUUACAAGAGGUGUGGCGCCAAACAGUAAAGCAGUGGCAUGAGAUCCGGUGGCAGUGGCUGAGGCAGUGAUGUAGAUGAAGGCAUCGAUGAUUGACCAACGGCGGCCGGCUAGUCGCGAUAAACUGGCAGAGGCACGCACCUGACAGGUGCAACGCUGGCGGAAGGGCAGAUAUCGUUGGAGAUUGCGGCGGCGGCUAGUGGCAUCAUCCGGCAGCGGCAAGGGGUGACUGGCGGCGGUGAAUGGUGCAGGUCUUAACCCGUGGGUGUUGUCGGCGGCAACUUGUGGCUGGGGUUCGCAUGAGA